AUGGAAUUCCUCGCUCAGUGCGUUGAUAGCGCGCUAGAAGCUGUCUCAAUGGAUUCCAUAGAUGCCCUUCGCACAUUCUUCAUCCUCGGUGGUGCCACAACAAUCUUUGUUAGCAUUCCAACCUCGCUUCGGUCGCACUUUCUCCUAUAUGGACCUCGCUCUACUCCAAUCAAGGACUCUGAGCCCCAGGCCGGCCACGAUGCUUCGUCAUCCGGUCUCCUAGGUUAUCUUGCAUCCUACCAAGUGCCUCAUAGCUAUUUCAAGCACUUUUAUAUCUUCUCCGUCUUAUCAUCGCUAUUCUGGGCCUUUCAGCUGAUCCGACGCGGAUCUUUUUUCGAGGCCAUUGCGUCGCGGGUUAGCGAGGAGCACCAGCAACAGUCAAUCUCUCUGACCCAGGUAUUGAUCUGCUGGAUAUUACUGUUUAUGCAGGGAUCGCGACGAGUGUGGGAGAGCUACGAGUUUGCAAAGCCAUCGUCAUCACAGAUGUGGGUUGUCCACUGGCUGCUUGGAUUUGCAUUUUAUCUUGCAGCUGGAGUUGCGAUCUGGAUUGAUGGAUCAGGAGCUCUCACCACCCAGAAUCUCACACUAAGUGAUCUUCAGCUGACGAAUGCCCCGAGUCUGCGUACUUUGAUCUUCGUCCCGCUUUUCCUGAUCGCCUCCGGUUUGCAACACGACUGCCACCAUUUCCUGUUCUCCCUGAAGAAAUACCAAAUUCCAGAUCACCCGCUCUUCCGCGGCGCUGUGUGUCCCCACUACGGAGCCGAAUGCGUAAUCUACUUAUCCCUGGCAUUCAUCGCUGCGCCACCAGGCCAAGCUGCCAAUAAAACGCUACUGGCGUGCGUUGGCUUCAUUGCUGCUAAUCUUGGGGCUACUGCCUUGACAACAAAACAGUGGUAUAUACAGAAAUUUGGUAAGGAUUCUGUGCAGGGUAGGUGGCUUAUGAUUCCAGGAAUUUAUUAG